AUGGUAUUACUAUUUGAUGAACUUCCGAACGAAAUUAUAUUAGAAAUAUUUGAUUUGUUAAAUACUAGUGAUUUAAUACGAUCAUUUUACAAAUUAAAUAAUCGCAUAGACAAAUUGAUUUCUGAAACAACGAUAAAUUUAAUAAAUAUUGAUUUAACCAAUUUCUCAAAAUAUCAAUUUAAUUAUUGUUGUGAACAAAUUGUAUCGACUAAUUACAAUCAAGUUCGUUCAUUGACACUGUCAAAUAUUUGUACAUUUGGUCAAAUACUAGUCUUUACAUCAAUGUAUGAUAUUGGUCAAUUUAGCAAUCUGCAAUCUAUCACAUUGAUUGAACCAGAAGUUCGACAGUAUUUAGUAAUCAUACAAAAAUCACCGAAAAUCACAUAUUUGUCUGUUACUCUAAAUGAAGUUGAUGAAAUAGAGGAAAAAGAUAUUGGCACUAUUAUUCUAUCUAAUCCUCUACCACCAUUAUUAAAAACAUUAAAAUUAUUUUAUAAUGGUCAAAUUUCUAUUGGUAAACUAGGAACACAUUUUAAUUUGCAAUAUUUAACAAUCAUUGCUGAUUGUUAUUUUACAGACUUAUUUCACAUAUUUGACUGUUUUCCAUGUAUAAAUUAUUUAGAAAUUGAACUAAUCGGAAUUCAAAGUGAUAUUGAUACUUAUCUCUUUACGAUAAAUUCAUCAACAAUGCCAGAACAUUUACAAACAUUGAAAAUAAAUAAUCUUUCAGUUAAUUUUAGAGCCAUUGAACUUUUAUUAAUGAGACUUAAUCAAUUAAAAGAAUUAUCAUAUCGUUCAAUUGCAAGUGAAAACAAUAAUGAUGCUCAUACGGAUAGUAAUCGAUGGCAAUCAAUACUCUCAUCAUAUCCGUUAUUAGAAAAAUUUCAUAUGGAUAUUAUUAUUGAAGAUAAUUCAUUAGAUAUAUGUGAACUAUCAUCGUCAUUUCAAACACAAUAUUGGCUUUAUCAUCGGUGGACGAUUAUCUGUGAAUCGAGUGUAAACAAUUCAAAUGUCUAUCAUUUAUAUACUAUACCUUAUUCAAAUUCAAUAUUUAGUACGUCAUCGGAAAAUUUACAAUCAACAUCUGUUCUUGAUGUAUCAAAUGCCUAUGAUACUAUCAAUUACUUAAAUCUUAAUUUGACAUCACAUUGGCCGUUUAUAACUCGAAAAUAUUUGAAUGUGCAUACACUGGAAUUAGUAAAUACUUCAACUAAUUUAUUAUCAUCAUCAUCCGUCAUAUCAUAUUUGAAUAAAACGAUCAUAUUUUCAAAUUUAAAACAUUUGAUUAUUCAAAAUGAUUUGUCAGUUGAUAUUAAAUUCUUAGAAGCAUUACUUGAAAAUGCUGUCAAUAUUCGUCACUUAGUUAUUGAUCUUCAUUAUUUUUUACAGUUAACUAGUAAUUUUAAGAAUGUACACGUAAAUUUACUUUUACAAAAAAUGAUGUUACAAAAAUGUCAAUUUCGAAAUGAUUAUUUACCAAUUGAUGUUAGCAAUGAUUUUGUUCAAAUAUUUUCACCUAGUUUAGAAUGUCUUUCAUUAGAUAUUCGAACAAACUAUGAUUUGUUGGUUAUACUACCAUUGAUAUUAAAUAAGAUGACCAAACUUUAUAGCUUAGAAAUUAAUCUAUACGAAAGUUUGUUCAACGAUACACUAAUUAUUUUAAGCCAAAUACUGAAACAUCGAAAUAUUACAAAGUUCAUUUAUCCACAAAUGAUUAGAAUUUGGAAAUGA